ACUCAUGUGGCACUCAGUUUCAGUGGCAAACAUGAGAAAGUUUAUUUUACUUGACUUCCAGUAGUAUUCACAAUGGGUUAAGUGAAGGAAGUAAGUGCAAGAGAAGAAAUAGUGAAAAGGAGCUGGAUUUCCUCUGCAUGUGGAUGGUUUGCCAGCAGAUCUGAAUAUGGAUUUCAUAAGGGAUAAACUUUUCAUUUGUUGCCGAAGGAAAAGGAGAUCUGAAAGCAGUAGGGUGAAUGUACAUCAGGUUCCCAUGAAAGCGCUGACAAUGACAGUACAAAUAGGUGAUAUAAUAGUGAUGCUGAAAAAAGGGAACAUCACUAAAGAAAUUGUGGAUGUCAUAGUGAACUCUACCAACAAGACCUUGGACUUGAAUUUCGGUGUGUCCGGGGCGAUAUUAGAAGCUGCAGGAAGUUCUGUUAAAGAUGAAUGCAAGACGUUAGGUGGCAGAUCAGUCAAUGCUCUCGUCACUGGAGCUGGGAAACUGCGCUGCUCAAAAAUAGUGCAUAUCGUUAGACAUAAGUCUGACACUAUGAUUGCAACAUCAGUAGAAGAGGUCCUUGCAAUAUGUAAUGAGUUGAACAUGGCUACUGUUGCGUUCCCUGCCAUAGGAACAGGCCAAGGCGGGAUUGAUCCACAAGUCGCCAUCAAUGCAAUCUUUGAAGGAAUUGACAAUUUCUUCCUGCUGAACAUGGCUUCGAGCCUGAAAAUCAUUACCAUUGUUGCAUUUGAUACAACUGUUCAUGAUUGUUUUGCUAAAUUUUUUGCUGAAAGGCAGCAAAUGUCUGAUGGAGACACCAGGGGAACAGGUUCAAAUACCCCCGAAUAUCAAGAAGUCCGAACCUCAUUGCCGGCGUUUCAGUGUACGCUCCCAGCAAGUUGGACUCCCAUGAACGAUCAGGAGUAUCUGGAAGUUCCCCUGCAGUUUGGCUCAGAAGAAUACAGCAAAGUAGCAAAUGAAUUCAGGACAUCUUGCCAAAACAUUGCGGUUGACAUAAUUCAGAUCGACAGGAUUCAGAAUCUCAAACUUUGGGAAAGUUACUCUGUCAGGAAGAAGGCAGUAGAUAGAAAGUAUCCGAAUAUGGUAAAUGAACGGACUCUGUAUCAUGGGACAACGUGCGAAAUUGCUGAGCAAGUGAAGAAGUUAGGCUUCAACAGAAGCUUUUGCGGCAGGAACGCCCUAUCUUAUGGAAGAGGCACUUACUUUGCCAAAAAUGCCCAAUACUCAUGUGACAACAAGUACUCCAGCCCCAGCGACCAGGGAUACAAAUACAUGUUUCAGGCACGAGUGAUAACUGGGAAGUUGUGCCUGGGGAACCAUUUAAUGAAGGUACCAUCUCCAGUGGAUGAAAAGGAUUCAACCAAUCUCUGUGACUGUUCGGUGAACAAUGUGUCAAACCCGUCCAUUUUUGUUAUCUUUUGUGAUGACGGGGCAUAUCCCGAAUACUUAAUAACCUUCAACAAAAAAGAACAGCGCAAGUAGAUGGAACCAGGUCUAUUUGAGAGAAUGCUGGGGGAGAAAUUCCAUGUGGCGCUGGAUUUAUUCUUAUUUCCCUGACAUUUAAGAAUUUGGUAAAUUUUAACAAAUUCACUUUUAAUUUGAAAAGCAGUUUGCCGUAAUUCUUAAAAGAAACGGCAAAAAAGACAGUAUUUCAGAGCAAUUGCCACACCCCCACCCACCCAAUUUGUUGCUAAGCG